CGCGCCAGUAUUUGAAUCAUUUCCGUGUUAUUGACGCCAUGAGUAGCAAUCAAUUAGAGCAACAACACCUUUCAUCUUCGAUUGCUUCGCCACAAGUUCAAUUUAAGAUUGAAUCUGACUCAACGGAUAAAUGCAUGGGCGAGGAACUUAUGGACGCAGCAGUUUCAGCAGCAGUUGCGCAUGCGGCCGAAUCGAUUUAUCUCUACUUGCCCGGCAAAUUAGCCGGAAGUAAAUCACGUCAGGCGCAUACCCUGAAAGAUCCCGAUGGAACUGAAAAGAUAUUUAAUUCUGCACUCGGAUUUCUGGCUCGAAAGUUUAUUCAUGUUUUGUUCGCAUCUCCAACUUGCUCAGUUGAUAUGAAUGCAGCUGCCCUUCAGUUGGAAGUCCCUAAGCGGCGGAUUUACGAUGUAACGAAUGUACUCGAGGGUGUGGGUCUCAUCGAAAAACGAUCCAAAAACACAGUCGCUUGGAAAGGGAGUGAGCUUCUUCUUGGCUCGUCCUUUUCAAGUGCCGCCAAGCAGAGAAUUGAUGAGAUUCGCGAUGAGAUUUCUGACCUACAUUCUCAAGAAGCUUCACUUGAUCAAUGGAUGGUGCAGCUUCAGAAAUUGCCGCUUUCUGGAGAAGGACAAAUGGUGAGCACUUGCGAUAUCGUCAAAGCGCUACUUUAUCCAGUCGGCAGCCAAAGUGGCAAAGAAUUGAAAGAUGAGCUUGUUGAUGAGAGUGGAAAGCCGCAGCAAGCGGUACUGGCUGUCCACGCGCCUUUCGAUAGCAUUGCGCAUCUUCCAGUCCACAAUAUCGGCUCCCCGCAACGGCAGCUUUACGUCGGGACGAAGCCUGGUUUUCUAAAACAUGGAUUCGGCGCUGGGACUACUGUUGAUUUAAAACGUAAGGGUAUGAUUUCGCUGAAGUCACGUAAGGGCAUCAAAGUUCCCCGGAUCGACGAUAGAGUUACUGUAUAUCUCAUGCCGUGUUACUUUGACAAUAAAGACAAAAAAGUCAAGUCACUUGGUGCACGGCAACUUUCUGAUGAUCCAUACACAUCGGCAGCUGCAGCAGCAGGUACAUUGUCGGCCGAAUCGGCUCAAAAAACUAAAACCUCCCAACCAGAUGUUGUGGGAGUACCGAAACGAUCUGCAAGCUGGGAUGUUGCUGAAGCACUUGCCAACGAAACCGGGGUUACAGAUUUUUUUGGAACAGAACCGGUCGAUGAAAUGGCCGUUUGA